UACUUUUUCUCUCUUGGUUCAGUUUCCAGUCUCAUAUCCUCUUCUGGUUGUUCUUCCUCUACUUGGCUUUUCACGUUCCUACACUACCUACAUAGUGUGGUGGCACCGCGCAACCAUCCCACCCUGACAACAACCUCUUUCUCCAAAUCAGUUCGUGACUGAAACUUGGAAACACGGGUGCCCUGUGUUUACUAAUUAGUCCAUCGUCAUCGUCAUCAUUUGACGUCCAAUCCGUAGCAUUGGCCACUUCCGUCUUUGUCGUCCAAGAAAUGCCACUUCAGUUUCAACCCUCAUAACACUGCAGUAUUCGCCAUGUCGUUGACUUCCGCUUCCACUCCCUCUUACCGUGCUGGUUGGGCCAAGGCCUCCUCUCUGGCUUCUGGCGCCGCUGUAGUUCGCCACCACCAUCAUCAACAACAGCAAACACGAGGCUUUCGCUUCGGUCGUACGUGGUCCUCCUACCUCGACCCCGAGUACACUCAAGAUGUCUGCCAUCGCCAACGCAGAAUUCGCUACAAAUACUUCCAGACCUUGAACCGCCGACUCUCGUGGGAGCAGCACCCCCUGGCUGAGAAUGCCAAGUCAACCAUCAAGCGCAUGUCCAAGGACUAUUGGUACCCCGUUGAGCAGGAAAACGCAGGGCGGCGACAUCUCGACGAGGAAAUUGCUGCCAACACCAUCAACAACCCAACCGGCAUCCGGCCAGGUCAAAACAUCGAAGAUGCAGAGCGUGCACCCCUGGAGGACUUGCUAUUCGGAGACGCCAAGACACAGAUCAAGACAAAGGCAGAGACGCCUCUUGAGAAGUCAAAGCGCAGUCGGGGCAACAAGAACAAGUCCAAGUCGGUGAAGGCGGACUCCGAAUACGUGAUUGACCCCAUCACCAACCGCAAGGUCCUCAAAUCGGCCACAUUCGGCCUCAAUAGCAAGGCCCCGCUAUCCAGUCCCUAUACAUCUCAGUUUACCAACCUCAACCCUCCAGAGCUAGAUGCCUCCAAACCCAUUUUCUAUGACGGCCCUCCUCCAGAGGCGGAGCUCAAGGUCUACAGCCAGGUCAAGGUCGACGACGCCCCAUGGAACCCGAUUGAUCCAGCAUCUGCCCCGUCUCUUUCGGAUGUGCUCCUCAAGGACACACCUGCUCCUGACCUGUUGAACGCCCUGUCAUCGGAUCAAGCUAAAGUGUCUUGGCACCCUAACGCGGGAAUUGCCGCGACCACAGCCGUGCCGCCUUUGGGUUCCCAACCGCAACCGGUAGCUAAUGAAGUAUCUGAGGCUAUCAACAAGCAAGAAGCGACAUAUGAGGACCUUAACAAGUACGGACCUAUCAAGGCACACGAACCUGAUGGCAAGUACAAAGACACUCCUGAAGUGCCUGCCGACGAGACAGAAUUGGGCAAGUAUGGCGCAGUACGCAGCCAUGAACCCGAUGGCAAGUACAAGAACGUCGCCGCCGAGGACAAGUACGAUCCGACUGAGCUUGCCGAAUAUGGCGCAGUCCGCGCCCACGAGCCCGAUGGCAAGUACAAGGAGCAGAAAGAAUUUACCAACACUCAAGAAUACGACCCGGCUGAACUGGCCGAAUACGAUUCCGUCCGGGUUCACGAGCCUGACGGUAAAUAUAAGAAGGAAAAGGGAGUCAACAACUACGACGAAUAUGAUCCAGCGGAGCUGGCCGAGUACGACGCAGUCCGUACUCAUGAGCCUGACGGCAUGUACAAGAAGGAAAAGGGAGUCAAUAACUACGACGAAUAUGAUCCAGCGGAGCUGGCCGAGUACGACGCAGUCCGUGUUCACGAGCCUGACGGCAUGUACAAGAAGGAAAAGGGAGUCAAUAACUACGACGAAUAUGAUCCAGCGGAGCUGGCCGAGUACGACGCAGUCCGUGUUCACGAGCCGGACGGUAUGUACAAGAAAGAAAAGGGAGUCAACAACUAUGACGAAUAUGAUCCAGCGGAGCUGGCCGAGUACGAUGCAGUCCGUGUUCACGAGCCGGACGGUAUGUACAAGAAGCAGAAGUCAUUCAGCAAUACCCAGGAAUACGACCCUGCCGAACUAGCCCAGUAUGACGCAGUUCGCGCCCACGAGCCCGAUGGCAUGUACAAGAAGGAGAAGGAGUUUGUCAAUUAUUCCGAGUAUGAUCCUGCCGAGCUGGCUGAGUAUGGUGCCUUCCGCGCCCACGAACCUGAUGGCAUGUACAAAACGGAGAAGGAAUAUACCAACUACUCCGAGUACGAAGAUCUAGAUGCGUACGGUAAACCAUUCCUCAGCCAUGAGCCCGAUGGGAAGUACGCUGCGGAGAUGGCGCGCGCUGAGCCUAGGUCAGAACCUUCGGUACUAAAGGAGCUCCGCGAGCGCCAGCAGCCUGCCAUUGGUGCGGGACUGGAAGGAGAUGCAGUCGACGCGGCCAAGCUUUCCGAGGAACUGUCUCAGUAUGGUGCAUUCAGGAGCCAUGAGCCCGAUGGCAAGUACGCCGCUUCUGCUCAAGGGCAGAGGCAGGCCCACGCCGCAGAGGAAGACACUCUCAGCGAAGAGAACCCCUUGGAAGCCUUCACCUACGAAGAUGCCCAGACCACCAAAUCGUCUGCGGUCUCGAAGCCACAACCAGUCAAGCCCACCACCACCAACCCAACUGUUUACAAAAUCCUCGCCUUCAACCCCGACACUCAAUUCGUCGAAGAGGCUGAGACCACCUCCAGCAUCCUCCCCUCCAACUCCAACACCCCUACCUCUCCCGCCGACGUGCUAACCCGCCUCACCAACAUCUCCAAGUUUCUCCCACACUUUGCCCGCAUCGAGUCUCAAGGGUUUGAGAUCGUUGCCGGCUCCGGGGACGUUCUUGUUUUCCGCAAGGUCCGGGAAGGCGUCACUUCCCCUCUUCAAUCCCAGACCGUUCAUGAGCCCGCCGGCGCGAGACAAGCGGUGGCGCAGGCGGAUGGUACCCUCGCAACAAGCAGCAGCGGCGGCUCCAUCAACCCCGUUGACAUGACGGGCGGAAGCCUGAGCGGCGGGAAGAGAGAUUACCACGUUGCUACGGGCCGGUUCGCUAGCCCGACGGGAUUUGUAAACUAUAACUUGCCUAGCUCUACUACUGCGGCCAAUCCCAGUCCCAGUCAGAGUCCGUCCUCUGCGAGUGAAAAGGUUCAUUAUGAACAGGCUGCUGCUGAGACCCAGCAGCAGCAGGAACAGAAACAGCAGCAGCAGGAGGAGGAGGUGGGGCAGCAGCAGAGAAAGAAGGCAAGCCUUACCAAGCGCGCAGUAAUGGGCGCGGCCUGGAUUGCUGGGGGGGCCUACUCGGUUGGUGUAGUGAGGGACUUCUUCAAGACUGGUGGUGUGGAUGGAAAGGGAUCGAAGGGUCUCUAAGUUCUUUUAAACUUUUUUCCUUUUCUUUUUCUUUUGUUGGAGUAAAUGAUCAUGACACGACAUGAGUGGCGUUUUCUUUUAGGGGAAUCUGAUGGAGGGAGGACAGGGCGUAUACACACGACUGACGGAGGGAAAGCCCCCAAACUUGCAUGCGAAGGGAUCGGUUUCUUUAUUUUGGCAUUUCCUUGCCGAUUCUCUUUCUUAACACGGCUUUUUAGCAGUCGCUUAUGCCCCUUUUCGUAACGGGCAACUUUUAUCAACAUCAUCAUCAUUAUAGAUGGGGUCACUGAAUACCCAUAGAUGAAUUAAGAUUAUGGAUCGCGGAUCAUGCAUACUACACAUACUUGAUGUAGAAUAGUCUCUCGUUGAUAGCGAACCGUGGUAAAAUAUGAAUCAAUUGCGAUGCA